CUAUGGUGAUUAGCCACUUUAGCAAGUCAUGCUAAAGCUUUAUUUCCAUCGGGAAACCAUAAAAAUGACCCAGUUUAAAGAACAUUUGUUUUAAACAGACCUCCUGAGGAGGAGCGAGGAGGAGGCGGUGGAGGAUGAACGGCGGGGACAGCGCGCUCCAUCAGCCGCCUGCGCGGCAGAGCGUCACCUGCGGCGAGCCGAACUGCACGGCGCGUCACACCACGGAGACCCUGGCGCUGUCAGCGGCGUCCGCGUGGAGCAGCAGCGGCGGCGGCAACGGCUCGACGGUUGAUGCGUACCGGCUCCUGGAGCUCCAGCUUCCCGCAUCGGACGCACCAACGGUGGCGAUGGUUCCCAGGGCCUCGUACCCCUUCCCCACGGUGGACGUGCCCGACCACGCUCACUAUACCAUCGGCUCCGUCAUCCUCGCCAUCGGCAUCACCGGCAUGGUCGGCAACUUCCUUGUCAUUUAUGCCUUCUGCAGGAGUCGCAGUCUGCGGACGCCGGCCAACAUGUUCAUCAUUAACCUGGCCAUCACAGACCUGCUGAUGUGUAUCACCCAAACGCCCACGUUCUUCAUCACCAGCAUGAACAGGAGGUGGAUCUUUGGAGAGAAAGGUUGCGAAGUGUACGCGUUCUGCGGCGCCCUCUUCGGGAUCUGCUCCAUGAUCACGCUGACGGUGAUCGCCAUCGACCGCUACUUCGUCAUCACGCGACCUCUGACCUCGAUCGGCGUGUUGUCACGGAAACGGGCCCUCUUCAUCCUCUUGGCAGCCUGGGCCUACUCUCUGGGAUGGAGCCUGCCGCCGUUCUUCGGCUGGAGUGCCUAUGUCCCCGAGGGCCUGAUGACGUCUUGCACGUGGGACUACAUGACCUUUACCCCGUCGGUGCGAGCGUACACCAUGCUGCUCUUCAUCUUCAUCUUCUUCCUGCCGCUCUUCAUCAUCAUCUACUGCUACGUCUUCAUCUUCCGCGCCAUCCGCAGCACCAACCAGGCUGUGGGGAAGAUUAACGGCAGCAUUCACAGUCACGGCAGCAGCCGCGACUCGGUGAAGAAUUUCCAGCGGCUGCAGAACGAGUGGAAGAUGGCGAAGAUCGCUCUGAUCGUCAUCCUGCUUUACGUCAUCUCCUGGUCGCCGUACUCAACCGUCGCUCUCACCGCCUUCGCCGGGUACUCAGACAUGUUGACUCCAUACAUGAACUCUGUGCCCGCCAUCAUCGCCAAAGCCUCCGCCAUCCACAACCCCAUCAUCUACGCCAUCACACACCCGAAAUACAGGUUAGCGUUAGCCAAGUACAUCCCAUGUCUCGGCGUCCUACUCUGUGUCCGUCCGCACGACCUCCGCUCGACCAGCAGCAGCUUCAUGUCGACGCGUCGCUCCACUGUGACCAGCCAGACCUCCGACAUCAGCAGCCAGUUCAGACGGCAGAGCAACCGGAAGUCCCGCCUCUCCUCGGCCUCCGACAGCGAAUCGGGUUUGACGGACACAGAGGCUGAUCUGUCCAGUAUGGGCUCCAGAUCGGCCAGCCGCCAGGUCUCCUGUGACAUCAGCAGAGACACCGCCGAGCUCCCCGACUUCAAACCCUCGUCCAGCUUCAAGUCCAAGAUGAAGAGCCACGACUCGGGCAUCUUCGAAAAGACGUCCUUCGACGCUGAUGUCGCCACGGCAGGAGUCAGUGAACGCAGCAGCAUCCCAAAUAGCGGCGAUUUUGCAGAGGGACACGCGAUGAGAGGCGCGCUCAGUCGAAUCCCGAGCAUCGUCGUCACCACAGAGUCCAGCCCCUUCCUCGCCAUUGGACGAAAAGGUUCCUGCACCGCCCGCCCAAAGACAACCGACAACAACAAAAAGGCUGGAUCUGGAUAGAGCCACCAAUCAACGCCCAGCUGAUCACCUGUAGCUCUCUGACCAGCUCUCAUCCAAUCAGAUAUUUCUAAAUGUAGAGGUCAGACACAGACGGGUUUAUCUGAAGCUCAGAAACAGUUUAUAGUCUUUAUAUUUAAAAUGUGUAAAUAUGGAGAAACUGGUGUCUUUAUAACAUGACAAGAGGACAGCAGGGCUGUUACCAUGGAUACUAGAGAUUGGGACCAGGAUCAGCUUUGUACAGCCGAAUAUAAAACUAAAACAAAUCUGAACACUUUGUUUUCUUUAGUCUUUAAAGCCCUGAUACUGGCCACCUUUAGAUUAAAAACCCUGCACACCUACACAGGUGUUUACAGUAACUCUGGCUGAUUGUAACAGAUGCAGAUGCUUCCACACAGGUGUGCUGCAUGGUACGAUCAAGCAGUUAACAUCCCAUCAUGCUCUAUGGUCGGCAGGUACUUGAAGACCUUAAGUAAGAUCUACAUACUCAUCAAACUUAACAGUAACGUAAACUGCAAACACACAAGAAAACACCAUCAAAGUCAAAGAGCUCCUCUUGGUGUUGAACCGUAGUCCCCCGUUGAGCCAUGAGGACAGUUGUGUCAGUAUCAUCUAUGCAUUUAUUGUUGAAGUACCUGGCGGUCUGUAUUUGUCAACCUGUGACCUCUUGUCCUUCCUCUGUAUCUUGUUAGCUCACUAAACGAGCUUAACGAACAUCCUAACAUAAAAAAGCCCGUACUGAUAAACCACAGAACUGUAGAUCAACUUCAGACUUCAUGAUCUAAAUGACUGAAGCACCUUUCCUUAACUUUAGUGAAUUCAAACAUCACGGCGGCUGCGUAAAUACUAGGGGUGCAACGAUACACACAAAUCACGGUUCGGUUCGAUUCGAUUCGAUACUUUAGUGUCACGGUUCGAUGCCUUUUUUAACUUGUAGUUUAUUGAAAUUACCAACAUAUGUUUCAACUCAAAAGUACA